AUGCAGGUGGUGAAGGAGCAGGUUCUGAGAGCGCUCACAACCAAGCCUAGCUCCCUGGACCAGUUCAAGAGCAAACUGCAGAACCUGAGCUACACUGAGAUCCUGAAAAUCCGUCAGUCCGAGAGGAUGAACCAGGAAGACUUCCAGUCUCGCCCGAUUUUGGAGCUCAAGGAGAAGAUUCAGCCAGAAAUCUUAGAGCUGAUCAAACAACAACGCCUCAACCGCCUCGUGGAAGGGACCUGCUUUAGGAAACUCAACGCCCGGCGGAGGCAAGAUAAGUUUUGGUAUUGCCGGCUUUCACCAAAUCACAAGGUCCUGCAUUAUGGAGACCUGGAAGAAAGUCCUCAGGGAGAAGUGCCACAUGACUCCUUGCAGGACAAACAGCCCUGNGCAGAUAUCAAAGCCGUGGUGACGGGAAAAGACUGCCCUCAUAUGAAAGAGAAAGGUGCCCUUAAACAAAACAAGGAGGUGCUCGAACUUGCUUUUUCCAUCUUGUAUGACUCAAACUGUCAGCUGAACUUCAUUGCUCCUGACAAGCAUGAGUACUGUAUCUGGACGGAUGGACUGAACGCGCUGCUCGGGAAAGACAUGAUGAGCGACCUGACGCGGAAUGACCUGGACACGCUGCUCAGCAUGGAAAUCAAGCUCCGCCUCCUGGACCUGGAAAACAUCCAGAUCCCCGAUGCUCCUCCACCGAUCCCCAAGGAGCCCAGCAACUAUGACUUCGUCUAUGACUGUAACUGAAGUGGCUGGGCCCGGACGCGCCCCCUCAAAACUGGAAAACCUAGCUAAGAGGAGCGAGGAAUAGAAACACGCCCACGCCUUGGAUCCUCUGUUGGUAAAGGGAAGCUGUGGGCCAACGCUUCCUUUGGCCUCACCUCCAGCCCCAGCAUUUUUUGGCCCCUACCUGGCAUCCUACUCACCUUCCUGACUGUUUCUAGACGCCACU